AUAAUUGUCAUUGUCAACAAAUUCUACCUCUAUGGAACAGCGACGAGCGGACGUCUGGCUAUUUGUUCAGUUUUUGUUUAAUAUUUACUGCUCUGAUGUGCAUUAGAAAAACUCGAAUAGUUAUAAAACUGUUAGAAAAACCGUAGUGAUAAAGUUUAUAUCCGUUUUAAAGUCGCAGAUGUGUUUGUAAACAUGUUGUCGAGGUUUCACCAUUAUCACGGGUCAAAUAUCAUUUUAUUUGAGGAUAAUACGGUUGCAUAUAGAAAAGCAAGCUUUGCCCAUGGAUUAACGUUUAGUGAGAAGCCCCUGCUGCCUGGGGAAAUAUUUUUGGUGGAGAUUGAGAAAACUGAAAGAGGCUGGAGUGGUCAUAUGCGUCUUGGUUUGACACUGCUUGAUCCUCAGACGGCUGCGUUAGGUGACAAAGGUUUGCCUCAGUACGCAUUACCUGACCUCGCCAACACUGGUAUGUCAUGGAUAUUUCCAAUUUCAAAGUCUCAAAACAAUGUACUUGUGGAACUUGUGACUCAAUCAUCAAGUGGGCGGCGGGAGAAUGAGCCGCGUGUUUCCGUGCUGGGUGAGGGUCACGUUGUGAAGACUCCUCGUGGAUAUGUGUCCAAAAUGGCCCUGAGACCACAGACUCUUUCACAUAAUGGCACUCCACAAGGCAUACUACCUAUGGAUGCUGGUAGCCGUAUUGGAGUUAUGUUUGUCCCUUGUCCUAAACUGAACAAGGAUGAACCAGAUCUAGCAGAGAUGCACUUCAUAAUCAAUGGUGAGGAUCAGGGGCCCUGUACUAAAGUUAUUCCAUACACAAGAGGGCCAUUACAUGCUGUAGUAGAUGUCUAUGGGACGACCAAACAAGUAAAAAUAGUUCAACUAUAUGGAGUGAAAACUCUACAAAGUGUGUGUAGAGAUGCAAUACUACAGUAUGUAAACAAUGGCUCAAUAAAGGCUUUGCCAUUGCCUUCAUGCUUAAAAGACUUUUUACUUUCAUAGAGACGGCUUAAAGCAGAGUGUGAACUGUUUGACAAUAAGGCUGCAACAAUUCUUUUUCUAAAAACAUUAUCUCGGUGAUAUCAUAAUUAUUUAAAUAAACAAAAUUAGAAAAAGUGAAAAUUCAUUUCGUAAAGUGGCAAUAAAAGAUGAGUGCGAGUU